AUGAUACCCCUCAACAAUAGCAUUUUUCACCCAGCCACGUUUUUCCUCCUGGGAAUUCCAGGUCUAGAAGGGAUCCAUUCCUGGAUCUCACUGCCAUUCUGUUCUGUCUACCUUGUGGCAUUUUUAGGCAAUGUCACAAUUCUCCUAGUAAUCAAGACAGAGAAGACCCUUCGGGAGCCCAUGUUCUACUUUCUAGCUAUUCUUUCGACAAUUGAUUUAGCUCUUUCUACUACAUCUGUACCUCGCAUGCUUGGCAUCUUCUGGUUUGAUGCUCAUGAGAUUAACUUUGGAUCUUGCGUGCUUCAGAUGUUUUUGAUACAUGCUUUCACUGGUAUGGAAGCAGAAGUUUUACUGGCCAUGGCCUUUGAUCGUUAUGUGGCCAUCUGUGCUCCACUACAUUACACAACCAUCUUGACAGCUCGUGUACUGUUGGGGAUCAGUAUGUGCAUUGUCAUUCGUCCAGUGCUGUUUACACUUCCCCUGAUUUAUCUUAUUUACCGCUUGCCCUUUUGCCAAGAUCAUGCAAUAGCCCAUUCUUACUGUGAGCACAUGGGAAUUGCAAAAUUAUCAUGUGGAAACAUCCGUGUCAAUGGUAUCUAUGGGCUCUUUGUAGUUUCACUCUUUGUCUUGAACUUAGUCCUUAUUGGCAUUUCCUAUGUCUAUAUUCUCCGUGCUGUAUUCCGUCUCCCAUCCCAGGAUGCUCGAAUAAAAGCUCUAAGUACCUGUGGCUCUCAUGUUGGAGUCAUCUGUGUUUUCUACAUCCCCUCAGUCUUCUCUUUUCUUACUCACCGAUUUGGACACAAGAUACCACGCUAUAUUCACAUACUUAUUGCCAACCUCUAUUUGGUUAUCCCACCUUCACUUAACCCCAUAAUUUAUGGAGUGAGGACUAAACAGAUACGUGAGCGUGUAUUCCAUGUUUUCACUAAAAUAUAG